UUUUUUUUCUUUGGCUGUGUUUUCACCCUUGCUCAGAAAGAAUAAAACUGGGUUACUACUAUUUUUUUUUCUACUCUCAAUAUACACCCAUAGUAGAAUGGCAGCACUUUUAAGAACUGUUUGCAGACAAACACUUCAACGCCCUCUUACUCGUUCUUUCAGCGCUACUGCAGCCCCUGCUUCUUCGCAUGGCUUACUUCGACUUAAAGAAUACUAUGACAGCACCCUGUCUGAAGACUUGAUGGUCUUGGGUUACGAUCACACUCGUGUCGCACCUCCUACUUCACGAUUUCCCGAUAUUGAAGCCAAGAUCGCCAAGGCUUUAGAAGCAACAGAACAAGAAACACCAAAAAUAGUUCAACCUGAAGUCAUUCGUACUCGCAAGGGUGGUAAACCUGUCAAACCCAUUCAGCCUCUUAAAAGUCCUCGUGUGAUUCCCAGUCUUGACAAGAUCACACUUCAUGCUAUGAUUAAGGACUCUAUUCACAACAAGAGUCAUUUGCUUUCUGCUUUUAUGGCUUUUCAAAGUAUUACAGGUGUGCGUCCUGAAGUUGUUCAAGCAAGAAACUCAGUGGCCAACUGGAAAUUACGUGAGGGUAUGCCUGUUGGUGUGAAAGUGACGCUUCGUGGUGAAGAAAUGUAUCAGUUUAUGGAUAAAUUGGUUGAAAUUGUGCUUCCACGUUUGAAAGAAUGGCCAGGAUUAUCUAUGACAGCUGGUGAUGGUAAUGGUAAUAUUGCGCUUGGUUUCCCUCCUUCCGCUCUUGCUCUCUUUCCUGAAAUCGAAGGUUCAUUUGAUGUGUAUCCUAAAAUGACUGGUUUCGAUGUCAUCUUCAACACUACUGCUUAUACAAACACAGAUGGUCGUUUGUUACUCUCUGCUUUCUCUGUACCUUUCAAAAACAAAAAAUAGACUUCAACUUGUGUAAAAUAUCGUCUUUUAAAUAAAAACUACAACUUAAUGCAUCCUUU